AUGACAUCCUGCAAGAAUGGAAACAAGCCGAUGAAGGAGCUGGUGGGUCUCAUAAGAGAGGGAGUCGAGAGAAUCGAUGAGAAGUACGUGGACAACUUUUACAACAGUGAUGAAGACAGGUACAUGGCCAAGCUUGAGCGCCAUAAGGUAGUGGGAGGGAUUAGUGGAGGAUGUGGUGGGCAAGUUUUGACUUGCUCAAGCUGGAUUGGGUUCGGUUCAAACAACUUUGACUUCGGUUGGGGGAAGCCGGUCUGGGCCGGUUUAUUUGGAGACCCUAGCGGAAAUCAUCCUUGUAUCAACAACUGCAUUGUUUUCAAGGAAGUAGCUCCAAGAGGGCGUGGGAACUCGAAAGCCAUAGAGGCAUGGAUAAGGUUAGAUGAAGAUGUCAUGGCUUUUCUUGAACAUGAUCCUCACUUCUUUCAAUAUGCUUCCCCAAAUCCACCCAUCAUCCUCAACUAA